AUAAUAAAUACCAAAGAAAUGAAAAUACUAACGACAAGGCAGUAAGGCCCCUGGCUAUAGCCUGUUCGAAAGAACGAAUUAAUAUAAAAAAAAAAAAAAAUUAACAAACGUCAUUUCGUUUCGUCAAUUUGUUCCGCCAGUAGGUAUUCAGAUAUUCUCAGUAAUUUUAAUUUAAGCCAACAAAGAAAAGAUCCGCCUCUUGUAACUUUUAAAAUUUUAAAUGAAUAAGGAUCGGCCGGAACGUCCCCAGUGUUAAGUGCACAAUUGGAAAGAACACAGUGAACUCUCGUAAAAUUGUUAUUUAAAUAGGCUAACAUGUCGGGACACAAGUAUAUUAGCAAUACAACUAAUCUUUUUGAGGACGACGAUGUCGACGACGACACUUUCGUUAACAGUUAUGCGUCUAGAAGAGCGACUCCGCAACCUAAAUCGCAAACAUCGUCUUAUAUCGCUGAAUUGGAAAGACAAAGGCAAACAAUGCUUCAAAAGCAAAAGGAAAUCGAACAACGAACUCUAGAUUCUUCCUCACGAAGUAUAGGCCUGUUGCGUGAAUCGGAACAAAUCGGAAUCGCCACUGCUGAAGAACUUGCUCGUCAAAGAGAACAGCUACAAAAUACAAACAAAAGACUUGAUGAUAUUAACACAAAUUUGACUUACAGUCAGAAACAUUUAAAUGGUAUAAAAUCAGUGUUCUAUGGGUUUAAAAAUUAUUUAUCGGGAAAAACUGACAUGACUCCUCCCAAAAGUCAAACACCGAGUUCUAGCUCUAGCAGGGCUGGUCCAAGUUCUAAAAUAGAUGAUACUCUUGAUAGUCUAAGUGGCAGUACUGCUGCUGAUCGUUUUAGUACUCAUCCCACAACACGUCUUAGAGGAUUAGACCAGCAACUAACUGUAGAACCAAUAUCAGAUACACAAAGGAUCAAUAAAAUGUUAGAUGCCAACUUAGAUGAAAUGGUACAUCAUAUAUCUAGGCUAAAGGGACUUGGUACAGCACUUGGUGAGGAAAUUGAACAACAAAAUCAUCUAAUUGAUGAGAUUCAUGAUAAGGUUGAUGUGGCUGAUAUUAAAAUUGGUCAUCAAAGCAAACAAAUGAAUAAAUUACUUGGGAAAUAACUAAAUAUUGCAUGCAGCUUAAAAUUGUUAAGAAAUAAUUGGAUAAACUUGGUUUAAUUAUUUUAGUACCUCUAUGUAACAUAAACACCAAAAUAUUGUGAUUAAUCAAAAUGUAUAGUUUAAAAAUACACUACUAAUAAUAAAUGUAUAUACUGUAUUUUAGCCACUUUUUGUACUGUUACAUAUUAUUGUAAUUUAAAUAAAUUUUAUUAAAAGUUGUUUAAUAAUUAGUGCUUGUUAGAAUAAUAAUUGAAACUUGUCAUACUGAAUAAUGAAUAUGAAAUCAUAGAAGUCAUAUGAAAAAAUUAUAGGAUAAUUCAAAUAAGUAUACUCCAAACCUAAGUACUUAUUGGCUAUGGAUCCCAUAGUGAUAUAAAUAUUUUCCAUAAUUACUGUAUCAGUUUAUGUUAAAUUAUUAACCCUUAAUUAUUAUCAACAUUAGAUAAUAUGAAUUAUAAUCAUUUCAUUAUGAGUCCCUCCCCAUUGCCUUAUCAUGCUUUGUCCAUUAUUUGGGUAUAUUUGAUGGACAUAAACAUGAUUACUGAUUUCUAAUAGCAAUAUAAACAGCAUUAAUAACUGUAAAAUAAUUUGUGUGCCAGCUGUGUGGUCAUCAAAAACAGCCAGUAUUUAUUAAAUUGUAUGAAGUAUAAA